AUAUUUUAGCUUUCAAAAUUAAAUAUGACUUGGUGAAAAAUGGAAAAUUCCGGAGAGAUAUUGCAGGAGGGUGGUUUACAACUGUCACAACUGGAAAAGAAAGAAACUAUCAAAAGAACUAUCCCCAAAAGGAUAAUCCACUUUGCAAAUGGAGAUACUAUGGAGGAAUAUAGCACAGAAGAAGAAGGGGAAGAUGAGAAAGAACUAAAGAAUAUUCCGACACUUGUGACUUCUAAACUUCCAUGGGUGCCAUACUUGCGAUUCUUGGCUCUACAAAUGGCAAGCACUACGUUGUCCAUAUGUGACUUUCUAGGUGAGAAGUUGGCUACUUUUUUUGGACUUGAUGAACCCAAAUAUCAAUAUUUGUUAAAUGACCAUAACAAAACUGAAAAUCAGGAGAAUGAAAAGCAAGAUGAAGAAAAGGACUCAAAGGUCCAGUCAACAGAGAUCUUUGAUGAACAGAAGCACUUGGAUAUCCAUGGCAAACAGUAUGGCACCAGUGAACAGAAGAUUAUGGUGGACUAUGGUUCCUAGAGAACCUUAACAAAUAUGGGGAAAGUGGCAGAAUCCAGGUCAUGAAGGAAGGAGCAGUCAGGUUUCCUUGUAUCUCCUUUUCUUGAUCAUCAGUUGCCAUAGCAACAGAACCCCAGAAAGUACCUACAAGCCUAUCAAAUAACCCCAAACCUUCUCCAGUUCCCAUUAUCAAAUAUCAGGUAGUUGUAGAUUAUUAUAAUUAGAGAAACAUUUAUGACCUUUUAGCUUCUGGGAAAGGGGGGAUAAUGGGAGAAAGUAGUGGCAGCUCUUUUAUAUCAUUGAGAUUUAAAUAGUGAAGGGGUAGUCAUCUAAAAUUUUUUGUGUGGGAAAUGGAAAGGAUAUAAUUUCUGAUGGAGCUGUUGGACUCUGCUAGAUCAUAGCAUCAUAGAAUGUAAGAGGAACUUCAGAGGUUACCUAAUACGACUUCCUCAUUGUAUAGUUAAGAAAAUUGAGAACCAGGAAUCUUCAAGGACCUGAACAAUGUCAAGAAGCUAAUUAAUAGCACAGCUGGGUAAGUGAAAGAUAAUAGCUCAGUAAAUCAUUUUGUCCAGUCCCUGCCUUAAAUUUUUAGUGUCUGGAUUUCCAAAGCUCUCUGGGAAGGAAAGUAUAUAAAAUCCCUUGCAAACUGAUUCUUUCACUUACUUUCCCAGCAGUUAGAUGGGAUUGAAUGUAUUCCCUAAGGACUUUUGUAUUUAAUCUUAAGGAAUAAUUUUUGCCUUAACAACAACUUUUAUCUCCAAAGGCUGAAGAUCCCCAAAAGAACAGGAAAAUCAUUUUAUCAGAUCUGGCCUUAUCUACUCAAAAGUUAUACCAGUUCAACAACUACCAAAAAAAAAAAAAAAAAAAAAGUUCUGUAGGAUUCCACUGAGCUCUUCACUUAUAGACAAUUGCCUCUUCAAUUAAACCACCUAAGUAUUUUUUUUUUCCAAACAAAGAAACCCAUUUAUCCAAAAUCAAUGGCAAAACAGAAGUCAGACAAAGUAUAUUACAUGAGAAUAUAUAUCAGAUAAUAGUGGAGGAGGUUUCCCCCUGGGAGUGAGAUAUCUUAGCUCAACCAAAAGAGAGAGUUCUAGCUCUCAUCCAAAGGGACAAAUUCCCUGAAAUGUCAGGAAAAGUAAGCCAAGGACAGGGAUGUGAUGUAAAUUGCCAGCUCCUCUCAUGAUGGCUUUCUUUCCCGAGUCUUUCUGUCUUCAAAAUUGCCUAACUCAACUAUCCACUCACCUCCCUUCCCCUCCUUCCAACAAAAGUUAUUAAGUUAAUAAUGGACUGAUUCUUCAUCUAGUUCUAAAAUACUAUAAAAUGUGAUGGAAAGUAGGACAAAAUCAGAACUAAGAAAAUUACUUUGGAAAGUAGUAAAUAUUUUCUAAGUUUUUAUUCAAUUGUUUGUACUCAAGUCUGUUUUUUUGACCUUUUUAAGUGUUUUCU